AUGAGGUUGACAACCAUCCUCUCGCUUGCCCUGGCGACCAACGUCGCUGUUGGCAGCAGCUGGUUCCCCGGCAGCAAAGCAGCUUACAACAAAUGGCACGAGACCGAGCUCGAGCGUUGGCUCUCCGACCACGACCUUCCAUAUCCUACCCCCGCGGAUCGCAAGGACCUCGAAGACCUGAUCCAGAAGAACUGGGACUCGUAUGCCGUGGCUCCCUACAAGAGCUGGGACACGCAGAAGCUGGGCUCCUAUCUGAAGCAGAAAGGUAUCGAGGCCAAGGAAGGCACGGAAGCCAACAAGGACUCUCUCAUCUCCCAAGUUCAGGGCUCCUGGUACGAGACCGAGGAGAAGGCCCAGAACGCCUGGGGCAGCGCUAAGGACUGGAUUUUGGAUACUUGGACCGACAGCCAGCUCAAGGCGUUUGCUGACAAGAACGGCAUUCCUGUGCCCCAACCCCGAAAGCGCGACACUCUGCUUCAGCAGGCCCGUUCUAGCUACGAGGCUGUUGCGAAGAAGGUUGGCGAGACCGCUUCCUACCCCGGUAACUGGCUCUACGAGACUUGGUCAGAGUCCGAUCUGAAGGAGUGGCUUGAUACUCAUGGCUUCCCUGCCCCCCAGCCCAGCUCUCGUGAUAAACUCAUUGCUUCCGUUCGACGCAACUCUCGUAUCGCCUACUUGAAAGCUCAGGACCAGGCUGCUUCCGCCUCAGCCAGCGCCAAUGCCGCUUACGCCACCUUAACCGACAAGAUUAUUGACGCUUGGGGUGAAUCCCAGCUCAAGGAGUUCGCCGACAAGAACAACAUCCCUGUUCCUCAAGGCUCCAAACUCAACGAGCUCCGUGCUCUUGUCCGCAAGCAUCGCGCUCAGAUUCUCGGUGAUUCCAUGUCUGCAUCCGCUGCCAGUGCCUUCGGUGCUGCUACCAGUAAUGCUGGAAACCAGUACGCCAAGGCUACCAAUGAUGCUAGCCUCGCCGCGCAGGAAGCAUUCAAUGAGGCUGUUGGUACUUGGUCAGACAGCCGUCUCAAGGGCUAUCUGGAUGCUCGUGGUGUCCCUGUACCCCAUGGUUCCAAGUCCGAUGAACUCCGCGCCAUCGUCCGCAAAAACUCCCACAAGGCGGCAUCUGGUUACAAUGCUUGGACCUGGGAUGAUCUCUCCGUCCAAAACCUCAAGGAUUACCUCGCCAACUCUGGCGACGCCGCUGCGAAGAGCGCAGCUAACAAGGCUGGUGCUACACGUGAUGAUCUUGUCUCUGCCGCUCAGUCUGCCUACUCGUCUGCAUCAACUGCCGGUGGCGAUACCUAUGCCUCUGCCACCAGCUACCUCAGCAAAGCCACGGCUGCUGCCAAGCAGAACACCUUUGAGACCUGGAGCGAGAGUGAAUUGAAGUCGUAUCUCGACAGCUAUGGUGUUCCUGCUCCUCAGGGAUCCAAGAUCAACGAACUCCGUGCCUACGCUCGCAAGCAAGCCACCUACUACAAGUACGGUACCUCCGGACCGGCUGGUACUGCCUUUGCGAAGAUCAGCGAGGCCGUUAAGGACGGUUAUCAAUGGGUUAUGAGCCAAGUUGGUGCUGGAUCUGACGCUGCCAUGCACAAGGCCCAAAAGGCGAAGCAGGAGUUGUAA